AUGGGCUGCUCAAUACCAAAAAAAGCGCGCAUCCGAGCCACAGCCACAGCAUCCAUAGAGAACCAGCGAAUAAGUGAUGCUGGCAGCGUCAUUGUAAACGCUGGAACCUUUGUAUUAGAAAAUCGGCUUGAUUUUUUAGACGUUUAUAGAAUGGGAAAUUAUAUAGGCCAUGGCGCAUAUGGAGAAGUGAGGAUUUGCUUCCACAGAGAAACCUCAGCCAAAAGAGCAGUUAAAAUUUUUCGUAAAGAUAUUAUUAGAAAUGAAUUAUCUAGAUCUCGUAUAGAGCAAGAAAUCAAUAUUUUAAAGUCCCUUGACCACCCAAACAUUGUAAAAGUCCAUGAAUAUUUUAUUGAUACAAAAAAAAUUUAUAUAGUGAUGGAAUAUUGUAGCGGCGGUGAAUUAUUUUCUGAGCUUAUUAAAAGGAAUUUUUUUUCUGAAGCAAAAGCUGCACAAAUAAUGUAUCAAAUAUUUUCAGCUGUAAGGUAUCUCCAUGAGAACAAUAUAAUGCAUAGAGAUUUGAAGCCAGAAAAUAUUUUGCUGGAAGACAAACAUGAUAUAAUGAAUAUAAAAUUAAUAGAUUUUGGUACUGCAACUGCAAAAGUUCCUUUGAAAUAUUCUAGAUAUUUAGAAGGAACAGCUUAUUAUAUGGCCCCAGAAGUCGCUCUUGGAGGCUAUAACGAAAAAUGUGACUUAUGAAGCUGCGGGGUUAUAAUGUAUAUUUUAUUAUCAGGGAGUCCUCCAUUUGAUGGAAAUAAUGAUAAUGAAAUUUUAUUGAGCUCAGCCAGAGGGUUAUAUAAUAUAACAGGAGAUCCAUGGCCAAAAAUUUCUCAAGAAGCCAAAGACCUGCUAUCAAAAUUACUAUGCUCAGCAGACGAAAGAUUAUCAAGCGCACAAGCAUUAGAGCAUAUAUGAAUUACAUCCAAAACCAUGGAAAAUACACCUGAGACUGAAGCAGUUGAGCUCGUUAUGACGAAAUUAAAGCAAUUCCAUGGUGAAAGCAAGCUAAAAGAUGCUGUACAUACCUUUAUAAUUUCUCAAUUUUUAUCUUUUAAGGACGCUAAGUCUUUAAAACAAGUUUUCAAAAAAUUAGAUCUUAAUGGAGAUGGACGGCUCAGUAAAGAAGAGCUAUACAAAGAAUAUCUCCAUUCUAUGGGACAUACAGAAGCUUCAGCAUUAGCAGAAAAAUUAAUGAAAGAAGUGGACACUGACAGCAAUGGCUUUAUUGACUAUUCCGAGUUCCUAAAAGCCACUUUAGACAUAAAAAAAAUUUUUUCCGCAGAAAUUUUAAAGGCUGCUUUUAAGAUGUUCGAUUAUGAUGGAAGCGGCAAAAUUUCAGCUGAAGAGCUAAAAAGGACCUUGGAGGGCGGAAAAUUAAUUGACGAUUGUGUAUGGGAUGAAAUUAUUAAGGAAAAUGAUUUAAAUGGGGAUGGAGAAAUCGACUUGGAAGAGUUCCAGCAGUCUGUCCUGGCAAAGCUAUAA